UGCGUCAGGGUGUUUGGGCCAAACUGUCCCGACACGUUACUGCAGCAGCAGCAGCGGCGGCUGAUCACUGAGCGAGGGUACCUGACUGGAGGAGGAUCUGGAGUCCUCUGGAUCUUUGAUCGUCCUGCUUCACCCGUUUAACUCGACCGAACAGCUGCGAUGAAUCACACCAAGGUCGAGUUUGAGCCUUUUGAAUAUUCCUACUAUGACUAUUCAGACUGGUACUCAAACAACGCAGAGCCGACCAAACCACCCAAAGAAGUUAUUUUACCAUGUGACCCCACAGUGGACGACAAGCUCUUCCACAUAUGCAUGCUGUCAAUAUCUCUGGUGAUCAUGUUAAUCCUAGCAGUUCUCUCCAGGAAAAACAAAUUCUGCCAAGGGUUUACCAGAGGAUCCUCCAGUAUCUUCAGCCCAGCCAACUUCCUGGACCAGACUCAGAGCAAAGGCGUGGUCAUGGCCGUCUUCGGACUGGUGUUCAGCAAGCUGGCAAUGCUGGUGAUCGCUCCCGACCCCCUGCCUUUCUGCAAAGACACUCCGGCAGACAUCAAAGAGUACAUGAAGAUAAUCGCCAUCUUCUACUAUCCAGUCCUGUUUUAUCCUCUGCUGGCCUGCAGCACUCUGCAACACAAAGCAGGCUACGUGUUUGGGACGCUCCUCUCGUUCGGCCACUUUGGGAUCCUGCUGUGGCAGAAGUUCGACUGUCCAAAGACCCCAGAGAUCUACAAGUUCUACGCUCUGCUCGGGAGUCUGCCUCAGCUGGCCUGCCUCGCAUACCUCUGUGUUCAGUUUAUUUUGCUGUUUGUGAAAGGACCGAAGACUGACGAGGACCUUGACAGCAGCUACUACAACAACUAUGUGAAGCUACUUCUCAAGAAAAGGUCCUCAACUGCCAGCUCUUCAUCUACAGACAAACCAACACUGGCAGAGAGAAUACUGGAGGUGCCUAAGAGUUAUAUUUAUAUACCAGAAAAAGUGUUUCGUUUUCCAGUAAAGCUCGCUGUGUCAGCGUUUGUUGCCUUCAUGGCGAUCUAUCACACGGCGCUGUUGUUGAUCGUCCUGGUGGUCCCCACCCUCCAUAUUGUUCGUGCUGGUAUUGAUGAAAACAUUGCCUUCCUGUUAAUGGGGUUUGGGAUCAUCCUGUCAGACGACAGGAUGGAGGUCGUCAAAAUUGUGACCUUCUACACGUGGCUGCUGGAGGUGUGCUACCUGUGUGCAAUGACCAUGUCUCUUUUGGUCAGUCUCCUCAUGCUCAUGAGGUCAAUGAUACUUCACAGGUCAAACCUUAAAGGACUGUAUAAGGGAGACAUCUACAGCAUUUAUAACAGCCAGAAGACCAUCAGUCCAUCUAAACCUGGUGUUGUCUGCUGGAUGGGCUUGACAGGAUACCAGGCUGCCAUCGUUUCCCUCGGAAUGGCCAUUCAGACUGUUGUGUUCUUCAUCUGCUUCCUGUUCCUGGUGUUUCUGAUCAUUAUCCCCGUUUUUUACGGGCGUAAUCUCAUCGUCUUUGAAAUCGCGGGAGAGGCAUGGCCGGGGUGGGUCACUCUGCUGCUGGUCACUGUGCUUCAGCACGUUACUGCGAAGUUUGCUUUCAUCAAAAAAGACGCUGGAACAAGAGACUUGAACAACAGAGAGAGUCUGUUUCUUCUGACGUACCUGCUGUUCCUGAUCAACACUCUGGUCGGACUGAUUGUCUCAAUAUGGAGAAUGGUGAUAACAGCGCUGUACAACAUCAUCCAUCUUGGUCGCAUUGACAUCAGCCUGCUGCACCGCACUGCAGAGUCCUACGAUCCAGCCUAUAGCUACUACAUCAACUCCCUGAAAGUGGAGGUCAGCCAGUCUCACCCAGUGAUGAAGGCUUUCUGUGGGCUGCUGCUGGACAUGAUGGUGGAGGGCGGCCGAGUCGGACAGAAAAUAAGGGACGCAGAGGAAGGGAUUCAGGAGAAUCGGCCGAGUAAGGCUACCAGCUGUCGGAGGAUCCGUUCUCGCUGGCAGCUGCUGUACACUUUGGUCAACAACCCGUCUCUGCUGGGCUCCAGGAAGCACUUCCAGACACUGAAGACCUCCGAGAGCGUCCUGAAUGGGACCCCCAACCGCAGCUCCAAGAAAGGCAGCAACAAGGAGGCCAGCAAGGCAGCUGCUGAGCCAGUCCAGUCCACUGAGACCCCAACAAACCAAGAUAAAACUGACUGAGAUCCCUGAUCUAUGUGGUGUGGAUGGCAGUGUACUCGAAACAAAAUUCUAUUUAAAAAGAAGCAUCAUAGGAGAUCUGUUUGGGUGUGUGAACAUGUCAAAUGUGAUUCUGUUUAGAGUAUACUGUCACUCUCACUGACGUGAUGCUAGAUUUGUACAUGGUGUAGAUGAUGGCACAAAAAAACAUUAAAAUGUCAGUCAGAAUUGA